AGAGGGGAAGGCCUUGCUCAGUCUAUUUAUUUUUUAUUUUUUCGCACCCUCCCACAUAUUUAACGUCGCCAUAAUUGUGUUUUAUUCGUAUAGGUGGACGGGCGGUGUUCAUUUUAAGCUUUUUGGUGUCGACUGAAACACCGGAACGCCCCCCUCCAGUCGUUUGUCGGUCGUAAAGUCCGAACAUCCAGCUGAUUGCUUUGAGUGCCGUUCAAUUAUUCUAGUUCAAACUGAGCCGUUUCCUUUGACUUAACGGAAGGCUUUUUGUGGCUGAAGCGAGUUUGCCGACGCGAUAUUUAUUUAUUUUUUGCCCAUUUGUGGACUUUCGGGGGAAUUGGACAGCUAUCGUUUUGUGUAAUUUGAGCGUUGGAGGCUUUUUCUCAUUGAACGACCAGGCCCCGGACUCAUCCCCAGCCUCGCGUUUCCUUAUCGGCUUUUUGUGUGUGCGUGUGUGUGUGGGUGCGUGUGGGUGCCUGUGUUUGUGUGUGUGUGUUGGAAGUCAUGGGAGACACUAGUGAACGAAGCAAACCUCCGACUCUACCUCCCAGGUGUCCCUGCGGAUUUUGGGGGUCCAGUAAAACAAUGAACUUAUGCUCCAAAUGUUUUGCUGACGUCCAAAAGAAGCAGCCAGUCGAAGACUGCACCCCCAAGCCCAUCCAAAGCACCGGGAGUAGCCAAUCGCCAGUUUUCAGUAGCGAGAUGAGCAGUAGCAGUAGCCAAUCCCUAUCAUUGUUGCCGCCCUCAAGCUCCGAGCAGCUGUCGGCUGAAGAGCCCUUACCCGCGUUUUCCAGCAUGAGGGAAGGUGUGUCGUCCACAGAAACAGCCCAAGGCACACUCUGCACGCCCACAAAACGUCCACGAGAAUCAGCCUCGGGCUCGGAGAAUGAGGCCACACCAGAGAAACGACCACGGACAGAAGAGAAAGAAGGGAGCGGCGAAGAGGCCCGCGGGACGCCCAAGCAGAAGAACCGUCGGCGCUGCUAUCGCUGCCAAACCAAACUAGAGCUGGUGCAGCAGGAACUGGGAUCCUGUCGCUGUGGCUACGUUUUCUGCAUGCUCCACCGUCUACCCGAGCAACACGACUGUCUGUUCGACCAUCUGGGCCGCGGACGUGAGGAGGCCGUCCUCAAGAUGGUGAAGCUGGACCGCAAGGUGGGCCGUUCAUGCCAGCGCAUCGGAGAGGAGUGCUCCUGAUUGGCCACAGAGUGAGCGGCCAUCCAAUAAAAGAGCUUGCGAAGAGGAGGGUGGUGGUGGUGGUGUUGAUGGAAGGAGGUCUAGGAGAAUUGACAAAUGGGGUAAUGGGAGGGGCGGGUGGGAGGGGGAGAAGAGGAGGAGGGGGAUGGGGCGUGGUUGUAACAUCCUGCAUCUGACCCAACGAUUCUGGAUCUGAGCUUAAGGCCACCCUGUUGAAGUCCUGGUUUCCUGCCUGGAGCGUCUGUUCGGACUCUGCUCGGGGCCAACAGGGGGCCGCCUGGUGGCUGUUCUCCAGAGCUACGUUCAGUAUCGCAUGUUCUCACACACACAGCCUUAACCCCACCCGUCUUCAGAGGAAGGACACCACAGAGACGGAUCCAGUCAGUCGUAUGUCAUGCACAGUUCUUCUGUGCCUUGCCCCGGUUUCCUCCUCUUUACUCAGUCUCUUUUUUUUUUUUGUUGUUGUUGUUGUUGUUGUUGUCCUCUUUCUUUUCAGUACAGGAAGUGAACUGCUUUAAUGCUCAGCUGAACUGAUCCAUUUGGAUUUUUUUGAAUUCUACAGAGUUAUUUGUUUUAUUUUGUUUUUUCCCCCAUUACCUGGUCGCGGAUGAGGGGUCUAGCACUAUCCCACGACCACUCCUCAGGUCGUCAUCAAGGGGUCGGGGUAUCAAACCUGUAACCCCACCUUCCUCUUCUUCUUCUUUUUUUUUUCUUUCUUUCUUCCACCCGUGUUUGGACCCAUGCACGGCAUCACUAACCAGUUGUGCUCAUGCAUGGUUCUAGCAACAGUGUAUUUGUGCAGGUUUUGAGCGUGUCAUUUGGUAAUGUGAUGAAGUCCAAGGAUGCUGCCAUGGUUCAGUCCUUUUUUUUUUUUUUUUUUUUUUUUUUUUCUUCUCCCCCUCCUGUGUGGCCGUUACGGUGAUUAGCUCUGUUUUUACUGCUUAACCACGGUGUCGUGGAGGACAAUACAGCUGAUCCCUGCCUCUGCUCACAGACUGUUGGCAAAAAGGAAAAAUACAAAUAAAAAGAAACGGACAAACACACUAAAUGGACAAGAGACACUCAGAUAAAUCCUCUGUGUAGCAGUCCCUCUUCUCCCUUUUCCCUCCCGUUUUUCAAUUUACUGAGUGGUACUGUUGUUCUUGAUACAUAAAGGGGAAGACGACUGAAUUUUUGUAUUCAAAUGAAGAGUUCUUCACCAAAAUGCCAUACAAUAAUUUAGAAAAACAAAUAUCUGAACUAUAACUGAGUCUCCAUAGCUUCUCACUGAGUAUUUAUAUUACUACCUUUUAUUUUGCGAUUUGUCUCUUUGUAGGUAGGAUAAAUUGGGGAUUGUCUCUUUGGAAUAUAAUUCUUCAAAUAUAAUUUCUUUACUUUUUUUUUUUUUUUUUUUUUUUUUUUUUUAAUACUGAUUGCCAUCCAGAACAUCAUUUCAGAGAGCGAGAUGAUUAAGUUUAAAUCUGUGAUAAAUGUCCACCUAAAACAUCAAAUAAAACUUCUAAAGUAAAAAAGGGCAAAUGUUGGAUGGGUUUGAAAACUCUGUUUGCCUUUUUGUCAAAGUAGCCAAUUGUAAGACUUUAAGAACUGAAUACACUGCUUGUGGCAUUGUUUGUUUUCUUACCACAGAUUCAAACUGACUCUGGUGUCUAAUGAAUGUUUUGGCUGCAGAAAUAUCAUGCGAAUUCUGAAAUUGAGUGGUUUUCCCCUUUCAUACGUUUUUGUUUUUUGUCAUCGUUUCCGAUCCUGCUCCUAAUCAGCCUACUCAGUCUGACUGCUUGGACUUUGUGCUGUGCAUAUUGUUCAGUUACAUGUUUCUUCCUCCUUAUCUAAAAGGAUUGUUCUACCAAAAUCAAUGUUUAAUUUGUGAUGCUGCAGAAGUUGACGUUUUUCUUCUUUUUUUUUUUUUCUUUUUCUUUUUAAGCUCGAGGUGUGAGUGCAACAAAAUAAAGACGUUGUGGUUGAUUUAAAACAAAUUCAGAAUCUCCAUUUUAAAAACAAAACAAAAAAAAAAGUAAUCUGCAGCUUUAUCACACGUGCGAUGAUGUUACCAUUUUGGUUUUCAAUUUGGAGUAAUAGCAGCGGGUCUCUUUGAACAGCAGGAACAUUAGAAGGCGUCGUCUUUUGCAAAAUAACUCCAUAAAAGUUGAUUUGGGUUGAAAGCCUUUAGAAAAACCACUUAACUAUGCUAAUCCUCACAAGUCACGGUUUGUUCUGUCCCUCAUCACUCCCCACUCCUGCUGUCUUCUCCAGUGAGAACAGUGAAGGACGAAGGGUUUGUUGGCUGAUUCUUAUUUUAUUUUUGAAAAAGUUUUUUUUUUUUUUUUUUGAGUGCUAAUGAGAAAUGGAAAAAUCAAAUUAUCUUUCUGUACCUUUUAAAGGAAAAAUUUAUUUAACCUUAUAUCAGUUUGAGUUACUUACACCCUAGCAUAGAGUGACAUAUUUAGUUAAAUGUAUAAAAACGCAAGAACAUAAUUCUGUCCUAUCUUCUCAUUUUAAUUUUAUCGUGUUCCAUUUUCUGCCGAGGAAAAUAAACUGGAUUAGAGGA